AUGGCAUGGCUGGACCUCACGCAAGACGCCACGGGCUGGUCCCUGGUCGACACGGGGCGGAUGAACGAGAUCGUGCAGGACAUGAGUCAUCCGGCCACGCAGUAUCCUUCCCUGAUUUCCUUCGUCGGCAACGAUAAUCGCAUGCUGGCUCUACGCUCGCUUUUCCCCCAGAAUAACGUUCUUCGCAGAAGCUCAGCGGGAGUAAUCCGACUACACCUCUGCAUCACUACCGCCCACACCGAAUAUCCGAUCUGGUUCGCAGAGAGCAGGCUCCAGGGUCUACCAGUAGUCGGUGAAUGCUCCAAGCCCCCAGGGAAAGAUGGCAGCCUGCUGGAAGCGUCACGAAGUCGGAUACAGGCCGGGGCCUCUUCCGCCCCAGCUCGUAUGCGCGUGAUUGUGGUUCUCACAAAACCAACCGCCGUCUACGAAACAGACCCUGUGGAGGUGCUCCAGGCCGUUCGGAGCGUCACGGACCCGGAUCAUGUAUCAUUGUCGGUGGUCGACCUUCGAGGCCGCCAUCGGCUUUCAGGUCCAGCAUUAUUCGCUCCGUUGCAACGGCUAGUCCAGGACUGCUUCACCACCAUGGGCCCCGCACUGACAGAAACAGAGUUCCGACCGGACCAUGUCUUUGAUACGUUGUACCGAGAUCUCUGCGAUAGCGCUUGGAGAACCGUGGGAGAUCCCGAUGGCAGCGGACGCAGUGACGCCAUCCGUAGUUAUUUCGCUGAACAGUUCCGCCGUCUCAGCCCGGUGCACACCUCACGCGCUAUCCGACAGGACGAACUGAUUCGCUUCGGUCGGCGGUGGCCUGCCCUGACCUUACCCACGGCGUGUGUCUUCUGUCUUGGCCGAUGGGCCGAGCAUCAGACCCCUUGUCGACAUGGUAUAUGUGAUCCCUGCGUGACGAUGUUUGGCCAGCGGGCCCGCGGCGUGGAAUACCACCGAGACCUUGCCCAGUGUCCCCUGUGUCAGGGCGCUCUUCAGCUGACGGUCCGUCAACUACCACCGACCAAGCGCCCAGUCGUGCUGGCUCUCGAUGGCGGCGGGAUUCGGGGAAUGGUCACCUUAGGCCUUUUGCGAGCGCUGGAGCAACGGCUUGCCGGCGCCAUCACGCUGCCGGAGAUCCCAGAUCUAACCGCGGGCACCAGUGUUGGUUCCGUUAUCGGGACCGAUCAGGUCUACAACAACACCUCGGCCGCAGAAGCAUGUCGAAGAUUUCCCGACUUGGCACAAUGCAUAUUCCAGCCUGCCUACUCCCUUUCCCGAAUAUGGCCUUGGUUGGGCUGCAUCCUGAAUCUCAUUCGAGAUGCUGCCUACGACUCAGGUGCGUUAGAGCGAACGCUCCAACAGGUCUGUCAGCAGGGGCGUCGGGUGUUUGAUGUGAUGCCGCCAUUGGCGGCAGGACGUCGUCUCGCCAUCGUUGCAAGCCGUAUCUCUGACGGAAGGCCGGUUGUCUUCCCCAAUUACCGUGGAGUGAGGCACGGAUCUGUUGACUUGGCGUACCAAAGGAUCGUCCCGCACGGCGAGAGCCAGAAUCCGUUGUUACGGAAAACGUUUUUCCGAUCCAAGCACCUGCCCGGGAUCGGCGUUCUGCAGGAUGGAGGGGUCCGGGCGAAUAACCCGCACGGGAUUGCACAGGAGGAAUGUCGAAUUAUCUGGCCAUCCGCGCAGGCACACGACCUCCUGGUAUCCGUGGGCACGGGAUACGUCCCACCGGCCGAGGAGGCAACCGAUCCGGCCCAGCAUGGUUGCAGCUCCCUACAAGACAAGGCGCCCUUCCGAUUGUGGCGCGCGUACAACUCCUCCCCCUGCAUGGACGGCGUAGAAGCCUUCAAAGAGGGACUAAAUCAUGUACCCCAUCCCCUCCGGACCCGUAUCUUCCGGCUGGACCACGCUCUGGCGGAUCUACCACGACUGGACGAUGUGAUGAGGGUCGCAGAACUCGCCAAGGAGCCGUACACGGUCCCAGACGAACUCGUGCGAGCAGUGCUCGCCACGUGCUUCUUCUUUGAAUUAGACGAAGGUCCGACGAGGGUACCGGGCCAAUACCUUUGCCGGGGAUCGGUCCUAUGUGCGCGCCGCGAGCCACGGCGGAUUCUCGAGCGCGUGUUGGUGGAAUUUCCGGGCGCAGAGCUGCAGACCGGCCGCGGGAAGCACUUGGGUCGGUCGGACGAUGAUGAUGGAUGUAUGGUCUGUGGAUACUACCGCAAAAAGUUUCGGUUCCACGUGGCCAGUCUGGAUGAAGAAAUAUCGAUCAUGCUCAAGGGGUCGUCGGGCCAGCAGCCAAUCGGCGGGUUUCCAGCCACUGUUCGACAGCUUCUCCACCAGCAGCAAUCGGACGCUGUAUUUGGGCGAUCCGAUCACCAAAGCGACCAGUGGCCGCCGCAGAGGAUGUGUUAUUGUCCGCGAGGUGUUAAACGGGUUCGUUUCGUCGAGCCAUCCCCGUCCCGGAAGAAACGAAGGGCGUAGAGCAGCGACCACAACUCGCAGUGGUUAGUCACGGUCUUAGUUUACACCAUCCUUUCUACUAUGCAUUACCGUGUAUAGGAGAAUGCGAUGGAUGAAAGAAACAGGCUCAUACUAUUGUACAGUUGGAUGGAUG